AUGUCAACUCAUCCAUAUCAUAAAGAAUUACAAAUAGCUACUUUAGCAGUUAAAAGAGCUUCAAUAUUGACUAAACAAUUAAGUGAUUCAAUAUCUAAAGAAGGUACUAUAACCAAAGAUGACAAAUCACCAGUAACAAUUGGUGACUUUGCUAGUCAAGCUAUUAUAAAUAACGCUAUCAAAUUGAAUUUUCCUAAAGAUGAAAUAGUUGGAGAAGAAGAUUCAGAAGAAUUACAAAAUAACAAGGAAUUAUCUAACAAAGUAAUGGAAUUGAUUCAAAAUGUACAAAAUGAAACAAAAGAAUAUGAUGAUCAAAUUGGUGACCUUACGAAUAUAGAGUCCGUAUAUAAAAGUAUAGAUUUUGGAGAUUCUCAAGGUGGAUCAAAAGGUAGAAUUUGGGCUCUUGAUCCAAUUGAUGGUACAAAAGGAUUUUUGAGAGGUGAUCAAUUUGCUGUAUGCUUAGCAUUAAUAGAAGAUGGGGAAGUUGUAUUGGGUGUAAUAGGAUGUCCUAAUUUACCAAAAAGUAUAAUAUCAAAUACAAAACAAUCAGGAGUUGUCGGUGGAUUAUAUUCUGCUAUUAAAGGAAUUGGUUCUUCUUAUUCUGAAUUGUUCACACCUGGUUUUGUUGACUUAGAUAAACAAGAACGUAUACAAAUGACUAAUAAUACAUCACCUUCGGAUUUGAAGGUUGUUGAAGGUGUUGAAAAGGGUCAUUCAUCGCAUUCCACUCAAGCUGAUAUAAAAUCUAAAAUUGGUUUUAAUCCAGAUACCGUCAAAGAACAAACAAUAAAUCUUGACUCUCAAGUUAAAUAUUGCACUUUAGCAAGUGGACAAGCUGAUAUAUAUUUAAGAUUACCAAUAAGUGAUAGUUACAGAGAAAAAAUAUGGGAUCAUGCAGCAGGAAAUAUUUUGGUAUAUGAAUCAGGAGGUAAAGUUGGUGAUGUAUAUGGUAAUCCAUUAGAUUUUGGUAAAGGUAGACUUUUACAAUCAAAGGGUGUAAUUGCUGGUAAUGAAAAAAUAUUUGAUAAAGUUAUAGAUGCAGUUAAAGAUGUAUGUAAAUUAUAA